UCCCUUUAUAUGCAACAUAUAGAUGCAGCAAUGCAUAUGCUGAGGAGGCGACACACCGACUAUCCACUGACAUUUCCUCAGAAGGGUAUCAUUCUCUCCACAUUCGUGACCGCCAUGAUGAGCAGUGCAUGGACGAGCCACAAGGGUCCGAGGAAAAACUUUAAAUGGGAGGAUUAUAUCCUGGACUACUGCAGAGGGGCUCAUAAGUCCCAAGUCUUUGAGAGAUGGAGGGGUAACGAGUUUAUUUACUUCGUUCUGAACCUUCCCGAGGCAAGGCACUGGGUCACAGUUGAAGUCGACAUAGAGCUGUGGAAAAUUAAUGUCUACGACUGUGAUUCCAGCGUCUGUCAUUGGACCGCCUUGGAACCCAUCCUGAAGGUUUGGGCAGAACUGCUGCCCUCGCUAAUCCUUGCAACCGGGGAAUUUCCACAUAACAACCAGAUCAUGGCGUUAGCUAACUGUGACAUCACGGUGCUUCCAAAAAUGCACGGGACUCGAGCCACUCACGACUUAGUUUCGAAGUCAGCAACCAGGUACAUAGCGAUAAAAAAGUACUAUAGUAUUAAAAUAUGUUUUACGUUAGACUGACUUUACAUUUUAUUUUGCAUUUAGUGGUGAUUGUGGCGUCUAUUGCAUUGAGUAUGUGGAGCAUCUCAUGAUGCAGCGUGGAUUGACCGAUGUGACGCCAGACCGGAUAGCUAUGUUUCGUCAACGGUGGUGUGUCGAUUUAUUUUACCAAAAUGUCGGCUGAUUAUAUGUGUAAUUAUUGGGACAUUGUAUAUUUUGUGUAAUUAACAUUACAGUUAUGUAUAUAUAGAUUUUCUUUUCGUUCAAA